GUAAUGCAUUUAAUUUUAAAGCCAGUAACCUCUGAUCCAGAGUAUAAAAAGACGUUCUAUUUAAAUAUAUCGUUAAUAUCGGACGAUUAAGAGAAACCAAAAGAAAGUUAUUGGACAAAUUAAAAUUACAACUUUCAAUUCGAAAAGCAUUUUAAACAGAAAUACUACUUACCUAAUAACAAUAAAAAAUGGAAUCAACAAUAUCGGGAGAUGAGAUAGUAAUAUCUGGUAUAGGUGGAAGAUUUCCAAACAGUGAUAAUUUUAACGAACUGCAAAACAAUCUUUUAAAUAAAAUAGAUUGUGUUGGUGACUGCAACAUGCGUUGGGACAGUGAUCAGCAUAAUGUUCCACAUUGUAUUGGUACAAUAAAAAAUAUUCACAAUUUCGAUCGUGUGUUUUUUGGAAUUCACGGAAAGCUGGUUGAUUGUUUAGAUCCUAUGGUAAAAUUAAUAAUAGCUACUUCCUACGAAGCUAUUACCGAUGCUGGAAUUAAUCCAAGAAAUUUAAAAGGAAGUAAAACGGCAGUAUUUAGUGGCAGUAGUUUUUCGGAAUCAGAAAAAACAAUCUUUUGCGACAAUCAUUCAAAAAAUGAAUACGGUAUACAAGGAAUUGUUCGCGCAUUUCUGGCAAAUCGAACAUCGUUUUUUUUCGGUCUUACUGGACCAAGUGUUAAUGUUGAUUCUAAUUGCUGUGGAGGUGCCACAGCAUUGCAGGAAGGUUUCAUGGCAAUUAAAACUGGACGUGCAGAAAACGCUAUUGUCGCUUCCAGUAAUAUUAUUUUACAUCCAGAAACAUCCCUACAAUUAUCUUUGUUAGGACUUUUAUCACCCGAUGGCAUAACAAAAACAUUCGAUAAUGAAGCUGACGGUUACACACGCAGCGAAGCGAUUGUAGUGUAUUUUCUACAAAAAGCUCGUGACGCAAAGCGCAUUUAUGCGGAAGUGAAAAAUGUCCUCACUGGUUUUGCAAGUAACAGUAUUGAUCAGUCUCUUCUAUACCCAAACUGUGAUUCUCAAGUGGACCUCAUGAAAAGAACCUUGAAAGAGUGUGGCCUUUCUGGUAAAGAUAUUUCAUACGUCGAAGCAGACGGUUCAGGAAUAAAGGAUGUUGACGCUGAAGAAGUAAGAGCAAUCGACCAGGUUUACAAUGAGGGGCGUAAAUCACCACUUACUAUUGGAUCUAUCAAAUCUAACAUUGGCUCUUGUUCAGCUGUUAAUCCACUUAAUGGAAUUAUUAAGGUUAUAACAGCUAUGGAGUCGGGAUAUAUUCCACCUAACCUUCAUUUUAAAACACCUUCUGACAAAAUCCCUGCUCUUAAAGAAGGUAGAUGCAAAGUUGUAACGGAAUUAACACCAUGGACUGGAGAUUAUGCAGUCGUUAAUAAUCUAGCAUUAAGCGGGGUAUGUAGCAAUAUUAUAUUGAAAGAUUUCAAAAAGGAAAAGAAGAAUAGAGGGAAACCUGACGACAGUCUUCCAAGGCUAGUCAUAGCAUCAGGAUGCACAGAACAUGCUGUUGACUUUCUUCUAAGCGAUCUGGAAAGCCGACCUGUGGACGUAGAAAUUCUUCAGCUUAUGUACGAUGUAUUCGAAACUGAAACUCCAGCCCACUUAUAUCGAGGUUAUACGAUAUUGCCACCCAGAGAAUUGCUAACAAACAAGACAAGAAAAAUUCAAAAUUGUUCCGGUGAAAAGAAAGAGAUUUGGUACAUGUUUUCUGGCAUGGGCUCUCAAUGGGCAGGAAUGGGAGUAGCUUUAUUACAAAUACCAGUUUUUGCAAAAGCUAUAGAAAAAUGCGAUCGUGUCUUAAAACCGAGAGGUAUUGAUAUACAGCGGAUAAUUUCAGAAGAAGAUCCAAAAACUUUUGACAACAUUGUAAAUUCAUUUGUUGGAAUUGCUGCUAUUCAGAUUGGUCUAGUAGAUGUCUUAGACUCAGUGGGACUGAAACCCGAUUUCUUAAUUGGGCAUUCAGUGGGAGAAUUAGGAUGUGCUUACGCUGAUGGGUGUUUUACAGCAGAACAAAUGGUUCUUGCUGCAUUAAGUAGAGGAUUGGCAUCAGUAGAAACGGAAAUGCCAAGAGGUUCUAUGGCAGCAGUUGGUUUAGGUUACGAAGAAAUAAAAAAUCUCUGCCCACCAGAUAUUGAUGUAGCGUGCCACAACAGUUCAAGCAGUUCCACUAUCAGUGGUCCUGAAAAAUCUAUGAAUGCUUUCGUAAAACAAUUACAAGAGAAGAACAUUUUUGCUAAAGAAGUAGCAUGCAGUAACAUAGCCUACCACAGUCGGUACAUUGCUCCAGCGGGUGAAAAAUUAAAAAAAUACCUUCAGGAUGUAAUUCCUAAUCCUAAACCUAGGUCUAACCUUUGGUUGAGCAGUUCAGUACCACGCGACGAAUGGAAUUCAGCCAGGGCUCGUCUAUCAUCUGCAGAAUAUCAUACAAAUAACUUUCUAAAUUCCGUUCUGUUUGCCGAAACAUUAAAAUGCAUUUCACCAAACGCAGUUGUUAUUGAAAUAGCCCCACAUGGUCUUCUUCAAGCAAUCGUCAGAAAAUCAUUACCAGACGAUGUUAUUGUUGUACCCUUAGCUAAACGAAAUCAUCCAGACAAUGUGUCAUUUCUUCUUGGUGCUUUAGGGAAUAUUUACAACGCUGGCUGUAUUUUAAAAGUUUCGAAUCUUUAUCCUAAGGUCGAAUAUCCAGUAUCGCGGGGAACACCAUCUCUUUCUUCGCUAAUUCAAUGGGACCAGCCAAAUACAUUAGGCACUAACGUUCAAAAACGAAAGCCAAAAUUUAGAAAGGGACAGAUGAACUUCCUAGUGAAUUUAAAUGAUGAUAAUUGGAAAUUUCUAAACCAUGCCAAAAUUCAAGGCAUACCUGUUAUACCAAUAAGUCUUUACUUAAAUACUGCAUGGGAUAUUGUAAAGGGAUUUCAAAACAGUUCUGAAUUCUCAAUAGUUUACAGAAAUGUAAUAAUUCAUGAACAGCUAGUAGAAAUUCCAGUCGAUGGAAAUAUUGAAUUAGUAACAAUGGUUCAAAAAGGCUCUGGUUACUUUCAAGUAUUAAAUAACAACAUCUUACUUUGCACUGGAAUUUUGGAAGUAACAACUGAGCAAGACUACGUACAAAGUCAUCAGGAUAACACAGUUUCUCAUGAUCUAAGUGAAAAUGAAAUUUAUGCUGAACUAGAAAUGCGAGGUUUGCAAUAUUCAGGUCCCUUUAGAUUAAUCAGUAAAUCAUCAAUCAAUAGUACCACUGGAUGUUUAGUUUGGAAGGACAAUUGGACAACAUUUUUAGACGGAAUGAUUCAGAUGUAUGUCUUUGGAAACGACACGAGAAAGGCACAGGUUCCAAUUAAAAUUAGAAAAAUCUUUAUUGAUAUGAAACUGCAUAAAGAAAUUACUAAUAAAUCGAAAGAAAUACCAAUAACAGUUCAAAAAAGACUUGGAAAUAUUUGCGCAGGAGGGGUACAUAUGAAAGGUGUCGUUCUUGAAACUAUUCUAAAUGAUUCUUCGGAACCAAAAAUUAUUAUUAAAGAAAUUUUACCGGGUAGAGUUUUGGGAACAUUCGAACAUAUUCCUCUUUCCUGUAAUCUUCAUCAAGUAUCUAAUUAUCAAGCAGGGCAGAUGAAAUCUUUUGAUCUAAAUUCCAUUUCCUGGAUUGAGACACCCCCAACAAAAGAUGAAAACAAAGUAAAAGUUGAAUACUCUUCGGUUAAUGCAGAAGAUAAUCUUUUAAUAAACACGAAAACAUCGUUAGAAGACUCUGGAAGAAAUGGUCUCGGAAUAAAUUCAUUCGGUCAAGAAUAUUCUGGAAUUAAUUGCGAAGGAAAUAGACUAAUGGGAAUUGUAAGAAAUAACGCAGUUUCAAAUUACAUUACACCUGAUAAUCACUUUACAUGGAUAAUACCGGACAAUUGGACCUUGGAAGACGCUGUGACUGUACCUCUCGCUCACACAACUGCUUAUUUGGCUUUGAUUAUAAAGGGAAAAUUAAAAAACAACGAAUCAGUUUUCAUCUAUAAUGGCGCUUGUUCCAUUGGUCAAGCUAUAAUUAAACUAGCAUUAGAUAUGAAUUCGGUAUUAUUUGUUGGAUGUAAUAGUGAUGACGACAAAAAUUUUCUAAAAAAAGUGUACCCAAAGAUUUCCGAUAAUCACUUUAUACAAUCAACAAAAAAUUUUAAAAAUCAAUUAUUCUUUUUAACAAAAACCAGAGAUAUAAAUUUAGUGAUAUACAAUAACGAUGAUUUGAAUAAUCUAGAAGACUAUUUCAUUUUAGUAAAAAGUUGUGGAAGAAUCGUUGUCAUUGGAAAUUUACAAGGUUCACAUCUUAAUUCGAUAGGUAUGCUACCGUUUAAUGAGAAUGUUACUAUGCUGUCAGUCAUUCCCAAAAAAAUAUUAAACUAUGAUCUUGAAACGAAAAAGAAAUUAUCAAACAUGAUGGUUAGAGGAAUAUCGUCUCAAAUUGUGAAACCUCUGCCGAAACGUGUUUACUCUGGAAAAAUGUUAAAAAAUGAUUUUAUCGAUACAGCUUCAGAGGAUGUACGUUACAAAAUAAUUUUCAAACUACAACCGGUUGAUGGAGGAAAAACAGCACCGCGCUUCUUCUGUAGAACAAAGGGAUGUUAUUUAAUACUUCAUGGAUUGAAUUACUUUGGUCUAGAUCUAAUUGAAUUUUUAGUUCUCAGAGGUGCUAAAAAUAUUUUUAUAGCUAACGAAACAAAAAACACGAAUGCUGUUGUAGAACAUAGACUAAAAAUGUGGAGAGAAAGUGGAGUAAAUGUUAUAGUUCAUCAAGAAUUAGACUUUACGCAUUACCAAAAUGGAAAUACUCUUCUUGAAGAAGUUAAGAAACUGGGCUCAGUAGAUGCAAUUUUUGAUCUUCAGCGGCUUGACAAUUCAUUAAGAACAUGUUCUAAUAUGAAAUAUUUAUUUACCAAGAACCUCUUUGACGAAUCUAAGCUAAUGUACCCUAAUUUACGACAUUUUGUUGUCUUUUCAACGUGUAUCGAUAUCAGUGAAAGUAUUGAUGACAUUUUGUUAAGAGAAAUAGAUUUGACGAAAAUUUUCCAACCAAAAUCAAAAGAAAAAGUUGGAUUAUUGAUUCUACUAGGACCAGUUUUUGGAAUUGUGGAGAGCACAAGUGAAAAUGAGAAGAAUGUGCCUUUGUUGACUAACACUAUUAUUAUAAAACAAAUGGAUAAUUUGCUUGGAUCAAACGGGGCCAUUAUAUCUAUUACCCCUAAUCCUUCAGAAGCCAGUCUUAAGAAGCGGCAAAAUACAAAUAUUGCUUAUGAAGAAUCAGAAAGAUCGAAAUUCGAAAAUUACAUUACAGGAGGUCAAUCUUUAACGUCCUGAAGAUUUCAGCACUUAAAUUAAUGUUAUGAUUACUAUACACAUUUUUCAAAAUUAAUUGUUAUCAGAACAAUUUUAGAGCAUUUGCAAGACAGAAAUUAUUUGAAAAAUAAAUAAUAAUUUUAGAAUUUAACACCUUAAAAAGAUUUUUCUAUUGUGCAGCAAAA